CAAUCAUCCACAUUAUUACUUAGGACCCUUCUACUUGUACUGGCCCAAUAUGGACAUCGGGUAUUGGUAUAUUUUCCAUUAAAGUUAACCCUUUUAUGGCUUACUGCAUUUGGAUUAGCUAUAUGUUUAAUCCUCACGCUCAGUUUAUUGUUUUUUAUUCAAAUGAAAUAUGUGCUAAAAAAUUGUACCAAUAUCGAAGACUGGAUUGUGGGAAAAGCAAUAUCAAGACGUGAACAAGAUCGGAAUUUGCCACCAUUUAUAUAUCCAUACAAUUUGGGGAAAUUAAAUAAUAUUAAAGCAUUUUUUUCUAAAGAYGAUGGUAUUCACUGGGCAGUACGUGAUGAUUGUGGUGAAUAUGAUUUAACGAUUGAGCAGUUAGAACAAAAAUUAAUUAAAGAAUCRUGGAAACAACCUAUGGUAGUAAUUAAAGAAUACAAUGGCAGAUGGUUUCCAUUAAUGUUUGGUAUAUGUGUUUGUUGUCAAAUACCAUGGACUGACGAAACACGAAUGCCAUUAAAUGUCGGUGAAAUUGUUCAAGUCACUAGAUUUAGAAAAUACUGGAUGUAUGGCCAUAAAAAUGUUUCCAAUGGCACUCGGGUACGAGGAUGGUUUCCAAAACCUUGUGUGUAUUCAAUUUCUAGUACAUUGAAGAAAGACAAAUAAACUUUUUUAAAUGAAAAUUGUAUUUGCUUUAUAUAUAUGUAUAUAAUAGAUACUUGAUUUGUGUUACUUGA